CAGCAGCAGCAGCAGCAGAGGCAGCAGCAGAGGCAGCGGUGGAGAGCAGGCAGCGCGGAGCCAGGCGCCCCCGGGCCGGCCCGGACCCCGCCUGACAGCCCCUCAGGCCCGCCCCCGAAGGCGCGUUCAUGCCCCCGGGGGGCUCGGCGUGGGCCUCCGCAGUGGUGAGUGUGCGCCGCGGCUGGGGGUGCGCGUGCCGUGCCGUGAGCGGGGGCCGCUGUCACCGCGCUGCUGCUGCCGCUGCUCCCUCCCCACUGGGGCAUGGCCAGAGCCCAGCAGGAUGGCAGCUCUCCGGAGCCGGUGGAGGGGCUGCCCCGGGAGAGCCCCAGGACCUUCCCCCUGGGCCGGCUCAUGCCCUCUGCGGUCUCCUGCAGCCUCUGUGAGGCCGGCUUGAACCCCUCUGGCGACUCCAUGUGCCCAGCCCCGGGGCCAGCGCUGGCACCCUCUUCCCUCCUGCCCCUCGCUUACUUCUGCACGCGACAGCCCCGUGCCUAUGGGGGCCCCCGCUGGGCACGGGCGGCCAGGAGCCCGGCGGCCGGCAACCAGGGCCAAAGCGGUUCCCUGCCCUCCCUGGGCCCGAGGUCUGCCGAGGAGGAGGGGGGACAGGAGGGAGAGCCCCAGGGAGCGUCCCCCAUGUCUGGCGGCCCCCCGGGGGUGUUAGGCCCGGAGCACGGGGACCAAGGCGAGCAGCAGGACCGGGAGAUCGGCGCCCAGCUGCGCAGGAUGGCCGAUGACCUCAACGCCCUGUACGAGCAGCGGAGACGGGAGGAGGAGCAGAGGCGCCACCUGUCGCCCUGGAGGCUGCUGUACAAUCUCAUCUCGGGGCUCCUGACCCCCCAGCGAAGGAACCGGAUGCCGGACGUGGAGCCCAACUAGCGUCCGGGCUGGCUCACAGGACACCGCGUGGGGGGCGGCCAGAGGAGGUCUGGAGGGCAGGACCUUCCGACCCGCUUCCUGUGGACUCUUGGCAACAUGUAGCGAAUCUGAGACGGGCCCCCGGACGCCGCUGGGGGGGCGAAUGACUCUGGGUCCAGCCCUGGAAAAGGCCCCGCCCGGAUGGCCCGGGAGGACGGUGGGGGGGCGGGGGGGUUCUGACCGGACACUGGACACUGACCAAGAAGGGACCUGAGGAGGAGGGGCAGGAGGGGUGCACGGCGGGGGAGGGGCCGCCCCCUCGCCUCCUGCCAUCUCAGGAAGGGCCGCGGCGGGCCGUGCCGUCUCCCCCCACCUUUCCCGGCCUUUGGUGCUUCGCUCCCUGCCUUGUUGGAAUGAGCCAAAAACGAACCACUAGCUUCCCAGAGGGAAAGAGCCGCCAGUCUCUGCUGUGGAGAGCCAGCCUGCCCUUCCUGAGCCGGCAGGUAACCUGCCCCAUUUUCAUUUCCUUGGGGAGGGGGAGAAGGACCCCCGCCCGGAGCGCCCGAGACCCGCCCCCGGAGGCGGGGCAGAAGGCUCAGCUGGCAUUCCCCAAGGGGGGCAGGGGGGGGCGGGGGGCGGGGGGGACGGGAGGGGGGCGUGUAAAUAGAUUGUACAUGAUGCUGUGUGCUGUAGAUACUGGAAUGAAUUUUCUGUACAUGUUUGGUUAAUUUUUUUGUACAUGAUUUUUGUAUGUUUCCUUUUCAAUAAAAUCAGAUUGGAGCAGGAA